AAAUUGGAAUGGAAGUGAACUGAAACUGUUUGUAAACAAAACAACGGCAUUCAUUGUAACUUCCUUAAUGAUAUUGAUUUAGUUGAUUUUAUUUUUUUUUAAAUUAAUCAUUAUUUAAGUUGCCAGGAUAUGCCCCAUAACGAGAAACACUUGCCUACUCUUAAAAACACUGAAAGUGGGACUGAAUUUGAAAAUGACUCGCACAACAAUAUUUUUCCUUAUGACACUACCAAGUACUUAGAAGAUUUUGAAGGUGCUAGUGACCAAGAUAUUGAGGGUAUUCUGGAAGCAAUGAGUAAAUUAGCCGAUUCUCUGAGUGCUAGUUCCUUAUCAGAGAGCAUAGAAUGUUCUCAAAAAUCUUGUGUUCAGAAGGAAAAAUCAUUAGAAGAAUUGUUAUUGGAAGCUACAGAAUUGGUAAGAAUAAACGCCUACUGUCUAUCGGAAGGAGCAUUCAAGUCAGAUUCAGAGUCUGAAGCCACGGAAAAUUUUAGCGCAAGCAAAUAUGAAACAAAUAUUUUUGAAAAAAUUGAAGAGGAAAUUCACAGAGGUUUGCACAAUCAUCAAUAUAGUGUUUUUGAAGAAAGCAAAAAACAACUCAGUACUUCUUAUAUUAGAAACUCGUCGGAAAGAAACGUUACACCUCAGUUAUUUGAAAGUGCAGAAAAUUUAGACAUUCCAAACAACAAUUUACAAAAGGAACUCACAGAUGUAGACGAAAACUUUUUUGUUCAUGUUCUAAGUAGCUGUGCAGCUGAUAAUGGAAAUCAUGUUAAAUUAGACGCUUUGCAUGUCGAAGAAGAUGAAAUUUUUAUGUCUUCCAAACAAUUAUCAUUAGAAAAUAAGGAAAAUAAUUCUACUUUAAACGAUAGUCCCAAAAUGUUUGAUAGAGGCAGUGAAAACUUUUUGCAGAAUGCGCCAAAUGUAAAUACAAAAUCCGUCAAUUUAGAGGUUUUAUCUCUAACGCCAAAGUCCGCGAUAUUUUCCCAAAACGCUUCCGAGCCAAUGAAGGCAACGUCCAGUGAAUUUGAUAAUUUGAAAAAACAAGAUACAAAUGAUAAAAAGGAUGAUUCACUUUUUUUAACAGCUGUAGUUAAUGAAAAUGUAAUUUUACCAACAAAUUCUGUGAACAAUGAUAACUGCUCCAGUCCAAAUAAAAGCACAAAUGAAAUCUUCCAAAGUUUCAAUUGGAUUCCUGAUACUCAAGAAAAAUGUAAAACAAAUUUUACUUAUCAGAAAUCACCAAGAGAAAUUCAGCACAAAAAACCUUUUACAAAAGCAAAAGUUGUGUCUAAAAGCAAUUUUAUUAAUAAAGUUAAAAUACCUUUAAAACCAAGAAAGGAAUUAUUUACUUUAAAGAAACAAAAUAUAGUUUUAAAGGAGAAAAAUGAACUUUUAAUUAAGAAAAAGCCCGAGUUAAUAAAAAAUGAAGGUAAAUCAUCAGUUAAAACAUCCGAGGAGAUUAGAAAAUUAACUGAUUCUCAUGAAAAGGAAAAAAUUGAAUUUCUAAAAAACAACGAAACUUUACAUAAAGAAAUAAACAAUUUGCAGCAAGAAGUGAUACCAAAAAAAUUACAAGAAUUACAUCGACAAGCUAACGAAAUAAAAGAAUUACAUAAAGAGAUUAAUAAUCUUAAUAUUGAACUGUCAGAAUUAAAACAACAAAAUUUGGAUUAUUUAUUAAACUACGACGAUACGAAGCAACAAAAUUGUUUGUUAAGCGACGAACUAAAAAUGUUCAAGGAACAAUUGAACGAGAAAAAUAACUUUAUAUCCGAACGACUGCAAUUACUAACAACAAGUGAAUUGAAUCUAAGAAAAGAAAUGGAAAACUUACAAAAAGAGUUGAAUAUAAAAAAUGAAUCAUUAAAAAUAACAAAAUUGAAUUUCGAAAAACUAGAACAAACUAUUUUACCAAUUGAAAAAGAACUCCUCGAAUUGAGAAUUAAGGAGGGCAAUUUUCAGGAACAAUUAAAAGUUGCAAAAUGUCAUAUUGAAAGGGAAAAGCAACUUUCACUUAAAUUAAAGAAUCAAGUUAUUUUAGACAGUAAAAAAAUAAUGGAUUUAUUGCGUCAAAUACGCGAAAUGGAAAGAAUAAUGAUGAAAAAAAAUCCUGAUUCCAUAUCCGCAUUACUGUCUUCAUCAAAUACGGAACAGGCUAACAUCAAUUUGGAAAAAAUUAAAUUACUAGAAGUUAGGAAUGCAUCGCUAGAAAAUGAAAUUAAAAUCAAGGAGGAAAGCGCACAACAAAGACUCUCAAUUUUUCGAAAGGAUUUCGAUGAAAUGAUCAAGAAAUACGCUACUCAAAUUCUCGAUCUCGAGGAUAAACUAUCAAGUCAAUCAAUCAGGGAAAGUGAAAAUUACAUUGACAACAGUACACAAACCGAAUCCUUCAAUCCUCCGGAUGAAAGUGAAAAUUUGAUUCCAACCGACGAGCAACGAGAACACUUGAGACUCUUGAAAAACAACAGUCUGAAAUCGCAAAACAAAAGAAAUGACGUACAUCUAAUUGCGACUAUUUGCAAACUGAAAUUUGAACUUUCGAAUAAAAAUAAAUCACUCUCAAAAUUAUCGAAGGAAUUCAUUGAACUUCAGAAGACAAACCGAAGACUACAAACAGAACGUGAGAAACAAUUAAAUGAAGCGCGUCUAGCACCCAAGAAUGUUAGUCUAAAGAAGAAUAAUGGUAAUACGGGAAUUUUCAAAUCCAAAUCUUCUGAUAUUAAUUAUAAUAAUUCAAAUGCCUGUGCAGUUCAAUGUGAUUGUAAGGAUAAUGUUCAAAAUCGACCGACAUCGCAUAAUUCAAAAAAAUAUAAUCCACUUCAAUAUCAUGAGAAUUCUGGGAAUAAUAGUACUGUGAAAAAUUUAACGACUGAGAAUAAUAUUCUUAGAGAGGAACUUUUUAAAAUGAAGAAAGAUUUUAUGGCAUUGAAAAAUAAAAGGUUGCACGAUUUGAAUCUACUGCAAGAGGAGCAUGAGAGAGAAUUAAAAGCCUUUGUACAUAAAUGUAACGCCAAAGAGGAACAAAUAAAUAUGUUGAAAUUGGAGGUGAAAAAAGUGAUUGCAGUUCAUGCUAAUUCUCAUGCGGGAUCCAACGUUGAAUUGACUGGUUCAGGACAUAGACUGCAAAUGUUAUAACGACUAUUUGCUUGAGCUCCACAAUACACAAGAAACUCGAUUUAGCGGUCGGUUCGGUU